CGUAGAUCCACUUCCGCUUUAGAUCGUGACGACUUCCAGUUUACCCACGUUGUGUCGUUUCUUGCGAUAUUUAAACGUAAUUCUCCUAGAUUUGCUUUAAACUCUAAUUAUGAGACCUUUAACGGAGGAGGAGACAAAAGCGAUGUUCGAGAAGCUUUCGAAAUACAUUGGAGAAAACAUCAAACUUCUUGUGGACCGACCCGACGGUACCUACUGUUUCAGAUUACACCAUGACCGAGUGUACUACAUGAGCGAGAAAAUUCUUAAGUUGGCAACGAACUUUUCUCGAGACAAACUCAUUUCAGUGGGAACUUGCUUUGGAAAGUUUACAAAAACUAAGAAGUUUCGUCUCCAUAUAACCGCUCUGGAUUUUCUGGCACCUUACGCAAAGUUCAAGGUUUGGGUGAAACCAGGAGCAGAGCAGUCCUUCCUGUAUGGGAACCAUGUGUUGAAGUCUGGGCUGGGAAGGAUCACAGAGAACACCAUGCAGUAUCAAGGAGUUGUGGUGUACUCCAUGGCUGAUGUACCGUUGGGUUUUGGAGUUGCAGCCAAGACCACCCAAGAGUGCCGGCGAGUGGACCCCCUCACCAUUGUUGUUUUCCACCAGGCUGAUGUGGGAGAGUUCAUUAGGAACGAGGACACAUUAACAUAAUCAGAAGAAUUUUCCGUCUAAGCAUCAAGCUGCUUUCAGCAGUCGGACAUUACCAUCUAACAAUCUGCUGUGCUGGACCUGAAUCCAAGCAUCAACACAGCAUCAAGAAAUCCCUUGAGCAGGCGUACGUGGCUAAAGCCCACGAAUAUGAUCUGAUGUCACAGCUGGACCACAAUCCUCUGUUCCUGGAUUCAACAAUUGACUAACCUUUUAUAACCUACUGGGUCUCUUUAUUAAUACACAGUUAAUGGGAUAUAUUUGUCUGCACAUUCUGUCUUCUAAAUAAAUCCUUAUUCAUUUUCAA